UAUAAAUAUGUAAUUAUGAUGCAGUGGCAGCUGGGGCAAAAGGAAAAAUGGCCGCAAGUGAAGUGCAAAUGUUUGCUGUACUUCAUUUACGAUGCUAUUGAAACAAUUGGUGCGAUGUCAAAUUAUCUUCUCUCGCGAACAAAUUACAAAAGUGUAAACUGAUUACGGCAUAAAUGUAUUGAUAAUAUAAGCUAAUUUAUAGAAUGUCAUAGAAAAGAGAAUAUCCAGUUUCCACUCCUUUAAUUCAAUUUUAUUGCAACAGAAGUGAAGUUUAACAUUAAUGGUGUGGGAUUGCGCAUGCGCAGAUUUAAAACAAGUGGACAGCUGAUGAAUCAAGACAUAGCCUAAAUGUGUAACACUAAAAACAUGAAAAAUUGUCGCUAAAAUAAUGUUUUACCAAUAAUUAUUAGUUGCAAGACAUUAAAACAUACAAAAUGGUUGAUCCAAGAAGUAAAGUGAACAUGAAAGAACUCGACGUGGAGUCGAAAAAAGACGCGACCAAGCACAUUGUCAACCUGCUGCAGCGUCCUGGCCAGCUGGAGAAGGUAGCAAUGUUUAAGAAAAGGUACAGCCGAAAGAAAGCAUCUGUUGAAGCACUAUUAAAAUCAGCAAUGCAGAGUCAACUCAAUGGUGUAAUUGAUGGCCUUAAUUUAUUAGCAACAAGCAUUGUGGACAUGAAAGAGGUGGAAGUAACUUUAAAAUCAAUGAACAAGUACUUUGAAACACUCCCAACACUCUCUAACAAUCUCCGAGAAGUUCGCGAGGAAAAUAUGCGUCAUUCUCAAUAUGUCACUGCAAAAGAAAACCUUAAACACAUCUUCACUGUACCAGAAAGCAUUGAAAAGACUAAUCAAUGGAUUAGUGAUGGUAAACUUUUGCAUACACAUCAAUGCCUAAGAGAUUUAGAAAACUCUCGGGAUGAUUUGCUGUUUGAGUUGCAUAAACUUCCAAAUCAAUCCAUGGGAGUUUUAACUGUGAAGAAAUAUUUCUCUGAAGUGGAGACUUUGUCUACUAAGUUAGAAGGACAAUUACGGUUGAAUUUAACGCGGACAUUGAAUGCAGUAAGGAAGAAACCGACUGUUAUUGUCACAGCGUUGAGAAUUAUCGAAAGAGAAGAGAAGAGCGAUGAAGAGGCGAUUAAACAGCAUAAAAACAACGGGUUUAUGCCACCUGGGCGUCCAAAAGAAUGGAAAAAGAUGGCGUUUAAGGUGUUGGAACAAGAAGUCGCAUUGAGAAUUGAAGGAAAAUUAGUAGAAGAAAGAGCAGAUGAUAAAUUAUGGCUGGUGAGAUAUUUAGAGCUCAUCAGACAGUUAAUUUUAGAAGAUUUGCGUGUGGUGAAGACACUUUGUGUUCCUGUCUUUCCGCCCUCUUAUAACAUCAUUGAUGAGUACAUUAAAAUGUAUCAUAAGUGUUUAUCAAAACAGCUUAAUGAAAUAAUCGAGAAUGGUCUGGAAGGCAACGAAUACGUCUCCAUUCUAGCCUGGACCUUAAACACCUAUCUUGGUCCUGAAUUAAUGGGACAUCCCGAUCUUAUCGAACAUACCAAAACCCUCCCUCCACUUCUAGAGGAUGCAGUUCUAAAGAACUUAAAACAACAGUAUUUGAGUAACAUGGAGAAGAAUUACACCGACUGGUUGGAGAAAACAUUGGAGACUGAAGUUCAAGAGUGGAAAUCGCAUGUUCCGCCUAUUCCGGAUGUUAUUCUGCGCACUUCCGGUCCGUCUAUUAUAUUCGAAAUGAUCGGACAGAAUUUAGAAGUCACCAAGACCAUUAAUCAAGAGAUUACGAACGAAGCGCUGUUUUUGAGCAUUCGACAUGUGGAAAACUACUCGAGGAUGUACGUACCGUUGAGUUCAAGCAGAGACACUUUGAGAUAG